AUGUCAAGUGGCAGGUUCACUACGUUCAAGCCAUUAUUCAUCGAUUUCUGGCUAUUGAUGUGGGAUGAAACUGCUAUAAAAAUGAAAAUUCGAGCAGCGCUGGAAGAUCCAACUAUAACAAACGAUUUUUUGACGAAGGUUUUAUUGAAAUUAUUGCAGUCAUUCACAAGUGAGGAACGUUUGCGCUCGCAUUCAUUUGAGCAUUCAUCGCUUGGCGAAUGUGCAUAUUGUAACCAAAAUUUUGGUCAAGACUUGCAACGACUUCUAAAUCACUUGGACUCGCAUCAUAACUAUACAAAAACCGCAUUACACUGUCAAAAUUGCCCAAAAUCAUUUCGUUUCAUUUCUGACCUUCAAAAUCACAAAUGCAUAGGUCAAGAUGCAACAAAUCCAAUGCUCCAUGCAACCGAAAAUUUUUUUAGAACAUUUAGUGAAUCGUAUACACCAAUUUUCCAACAAAGUCUACCAAGGAUCUCUUAUCAAUGUCCACUUUGCCCUAAGGUAAAAUGA